GUGACUGUACUUAUGUAAAUAUCCGUCUACCGUUUGUACAUAAACUAAUCGUUCUCCAAUACUUUGUUCAGUAUUUUUCAUCUUACCACACAAGUUGGUUUUAAACAAGUCAAACAUGUUUUGGAAAUAUUUCAUUUUUAUUUGUGUUCUGUUGGUUUUUAUUAAUGGAGAUCCUAUUACAAUGGACCCUGUCACCUCUGCUACUCCUCCAACCCUUAACAUAGACAGCAUAAAGAAAAACAUGGCGGAAUUCAGGGAAUGCAUUGACAAAAGUCUUGCAAGUGCAGUUGGGGAUGUUAAUGAGAAUCAUCUGCAACCAAUCUUCACUGUCAUUGGAGAUCACCUGAACAGGUUGUCGAGGGCGGCUCAUGCCUAUGUCAAACGCGAUGCACCGGCAGCAGGAGACACAAACCAUUUGGAGGCCAUUCAAAAACAGCUCCAGGAAUUCUCGAAGAAUAUCAACAGCCAAAUGGCUAGUACCUUCGACCCUGAAACCAUGAAGAGGAAUUUUAAUCAGUUUGCUGAAAGCAUCAACAAAGCUAUGAGCGAUAUGAAAGCCAAGCCAGCGGCUGCAUAG